UCUGACCAUUCGGUUUCAUAGCCUUUUUGUCUUUAUUAUAACUAUUUGGCUAUCACCGCUCUUAAAUUAUUCGCUCGGCCAACUGCAGCUGUUGCUUUGUCUACAUCAGAGGGGAAUGGAUAUGACGAUACGAAAGUAAAUCUGGACCUGGUUUUUGGUUUUGAAGCCAGGUUUCCUGCAAUUUGAAGGUCUGAAGAACAUCAAGGCUCUUGCCCUUUUCCCUCUUGCGGUCCCUUAUGCUCAAUGACGGCUGUCUCUGGGUCACUGCAGGAUGGAUGAAGUUGAUUUGACAGUUUUUGUCUGUCACCAUCAGUGCUUGCCUCUCAGUGACUGUGUCUUGUUCUUUUACGUUUAUAAAAGAACACCUCCUCUCUUGGGCUCUGGCCCCUUACACUGUAAGAGUAACUGUUAGUAAGGAAUACCCCACGGAGGGGGACUUCCUGCAAACUCUGUGGUUCACGUGAGAUUUUUCUUUUUCUUUUUGUGCCACAGACAGUCAAAGCAGGAACAGGAAAUUUUUGCAAAAGGUCAAGGUUUACAUUUGAGUUUUUUUCAUAAUAAUUUAUUUAUACAUAUAAGAAUCCUUUUUUUUUCCUGGAGAGAUGUCUUCAGAAAAUCCUAACAAGGUGGUGACCUUCUUGGCCCCUCCACCUCCAAAAAAUGUGAACGGCUCCGGUUCAGACUCACUGGUGGGUGAGAAGCUAGACACGGAGGUCAGAAAGCGACGCCACACCAUGGAUAAAGAUCUGAAGACGGCCGAGCACAGAUUUUUUAGGCGUAGCGUCAUCUGUGACUCCAAUGCCACAGCCCUCGACUUGCCCAGCAAAGCCUGCAUCCUCACCUCGCCUCCAGACUGUGAGCAGUUUGUCGUGCCUGUGGUGCUGGGUUUGGCCCCUGAUGUAAGCAUUGACACCCAAUCGGGUGUUUCGGGGGUAGUUGUGGAAGAACAUGCAGAGGACGGAAGAAGCGCUGGGGUUGAUGGGAUUGUGGAGGUACAGAGCCCAUCUGUGCAGGAUGUGGGUGCGAGGCAGGCCGAGGCCCUUGGGACGGUGGAGAUAGAGCCCAGCGACGUGGGCGACAAGGAGCAGGAGAGCGGAGUAGCAGACAAACGUGAGGAGGAGGAGAAAGGGGUGGCGAAGGCCCGUGCUGAAGCAGAGCAGAGGGAGGCUGAGAAAAAGGUUCAGGAUGACAUCGAAGAAGUGGAGACAAAAGCUGUGGGAACCUCACCCGAUGGCCGUUUCCUCAAAUUUGAUAUCGAGAUUGGACGUGGCUCGUUCAAAACUGUCUACAAGGGCUUGGACACGGAGACAACGGUGGAGGUUGCGUGGUGUGAACUUCAGGAUCGGAAGCUGUCAAGAUCAGAGCGCCAGCGCUUCAAGGAAGAGGCCGGCAUGUUGAAAGGCCUGCAACACCCAAACAUUGUGCGUUUUUAUGACUCAUGGGAGUCGCCUUCCAAAGGCCGCAAGUGCAUCGUGCUGGUAACGGAGCUCAUGACGUCAGGAACCCUAAAAACGUAUCUGAAGCGCUUCAAGGUGAUGAAGAUAAAGGUGUUGCGGAGUUGGUGCCGACAAAUCCUGAAGGGCCUUCACUUCCUCCACACCAGGGCUCCUCCAAUCAUUCACCGGGACCUUAAGUGUGACAACAUCUUCAUCACCGGACCUACCGGCUCCGUUAAGAUCGGUGAUCUGGGCUUGGCCACCCUCAAGCGCUCUUCGUUCGCUAAGAGCGUCAUAGGUACCCCUGAGUUCAUGGCGCCUGAGAUGUACGAGGAAAAAUACGACGAGUCGGUGGAUGUGUACGCCUUUGGAAUGUGCAUGCUGGAGAUGGCUACCUCUGAGUACCCGUACUCUGAGUGUCAGAACCCCGCUCAAAUCUAUCGCCGAGUCACCAGCGGAGUUAAACCUGGCAGUUUCGACAAGGUAGCCAUUCCAGAGGUGAAAGAGAUCAUUGAGGGAUGUAUUCGGCAAAACAAAGAUGAAAGAUACGCCAUCAAGGACCUUCUGAACCAUGCCUUCUUCCAGGAGGAAACUGGGGUGCGGGUGGAGCUGGCUGAGGAAGACGAUGGGGAGAUGAUUGCUAUCAAGCUCUGGUUGCGCAUUGAAGAUGUCAAGAAACUGAAAGGCAAAUACAAAGACAAUGAAGCCAUUGAGUUCUCCUUCGACCUCCAGCGUGACGUCCCAGAAGAUGUGGCUCAGGAAAUGGUUGAGUCGGGCUAUGUUUGUGAGGGCGACCACAAAACCAUGGCUAAGGCCAUCAGGGACCGCGUGUCUCUGAUCUGCCGCAAACGAGAGCAACGACAGCAGGUGCGAGCAGAGCAAGAGAAACGCAAGCAAGAGGAAGAGCAGAAGCAGUUGUCCAGCGAGUCGUUGAAGAACGUGGUCAGCUCUCAAGGAACUCAAGGUUCUGUACAGAGUCAGUGCAGUUCCCAGCCUCCAACUCCUGGCCUUGUCCAGCCCGAGUGUGAGGAGCUUGAUGCAGACCAGCAGCUGCAAUACAUGCAAAGUGGAAUGACCUCAGCUGACGGGACGCUUGAGAGUGGUCAGGGUUCAUCCGUGUUCUCAGAACCUCACCUCAGCCAGCUAAGCAUGUCGUAUAGUUCUCCUGCAACGUCACAACAGCAGCAGGUGCCUGGACAGGGCGCCUACCCUCCCAGCUCUCAAGCUCCCCAACAGCACACCGCAUACCCCCAGCAGCCCAUGCCACAAUCAGUGAGUCAGCCGUACAGUGGAGGAGGCUCGGGUCUGGUCGAGCCCCCGCUCUUUUUCCCCACCAUCCCGGAACGGCCCGUCUCAUUCUCCCCUCCGCCAUCUUGCCCGCCUAAAGCUUUCAACGUGCAGCGGCGCAAGAGCACCUCCAUCCUGGAGGCCCACACGCGUCACUUCCAGCCCGCCUACCACCGUAGCUACGGCAGCAGCCUGCACCCGUUCUCUGGCGUGGAGGCCCUGGGUGCCGGCGUCGAACCCUCCCUGUUCAUGAUGCCUGGGAUAGCAGCUCAAAGAUUGGCUGAGCCACUUCACCUACAGCCCCCGGCGGAGUCGAUAUACGGAUAUAAGGAUAUGAGGGCCGAGCAAGAGGAAACUGUACGCAGACUCAGCCUCAACCAGGCUGCAUUAAUGGACCAUCUUGAAGCCAUGGCCUACGGUGGCUACCCUAUGACUGCACAUCAGAUAAGCCAAAUCAGCUUCCAUCAGCAAAUGCAAGCUGCUGCUGCUGCCGCCAGCUUGGCCUAUGAGACUCAAUCACAGCCUGGGCCAGCCUACCUACACCCUCAUGUCCAAAGCCACAUGCGCUUGACGCAUAGCCCCAUCCCGCAACUACCUACCAUGACUGUGUCUAGCUCCGCCUCUGCUCCCCAGCAAACCGCACCUGCAGAUCCAGGCUAUCAGCCCCACUCGUUUCCCCAUUCUGCACCACCCGUGCUGGCUCAUGCAUCCGAGCCGAGCACCGCCUUUGAAUUCCACAUGCACAACCUUCAGGCAGACCCAGCCAUGCUGGCAUCCAGACUUUACCGAGCCCGUCGGGGCUCAAUGGACCUUAACCUGGAGGAAGCGACUGGCAACCCGGGCUUGUGCGGUCGACUGCAGCCCGUCACCGAAGAACUGUACAGCUACGUGAGCCCGGAGCUGCCCCUUCCCCCAGGCAGCCUGCUUCUCCAUGGACAUAAAGAGCUCAGUCCUGAGCCUUCAAGUGACUCCAUGACCUCCUCAGAUGCUGGGGAGUUCCACUCACCUCCGCCUCAUCCAUUGUACCAACAUCAAGACUGUUCUGCAGCUCAAUCCAUCCCACAAACUUCUUACUACAAAACAGACGGAGGGAGCAAUGUCAGCGACGGACACCCACCCAGUCAACCGAUGUUUCUGUUUGUUCCACCCUCUGAAUCGUCCACCAUUCCAUCUUCACACAUCAGUGCUUUGCACAGUACCUGGGCCCGUCAACCAUCCCUUCCACAGGACAUCACAUACCACGAGCCUGCCAUGUCCCAUCAGGGAGCUACCUUGGUGCAGGUCCCCAUCCCUCAGUCUUCAAGUGCCGUGUCUAUGGUUUCCUGCAGCACCCCAUCAGCUGGCGCUGCUUCUCAACAGUAUGGAGUUUACUACAUCCAAGCACUCCCUUCGCAGGCUGCUGUUCCGCAACAGGCCUCUAUGGUGCUGUCAUCCCAACCAGGUGUCUCGCUACCCCAACAGCAAGCUCCCCAACAGCCUCCCAGCACUGUGGUUCAGAGCAGCUCUCAGACCCAGCCCACACAGACACCUCAUAGCGUCUCUCAAACUUUGACAACAGAGCUGUCACAACUCCAAACUCCUGCUGUGGAGAGUGGACAUUCUGAUGUGGCAUCUGGGCUCAGUGAUGGCAAUGAAGGCGUUACGGGUGGCAGGCAUGAGGGUCGUUCUGCCAAACGUCACCAGCGCAGAUCAGUGCGCAGCCGUUCACGCCAUGAAAAGACCUCUAAGGCCAAGCUCAAUGUUCUUAAUAUCUCCAGCAUGGGCGAUAGAGUUGCGGAGUGUCAAUUAGAAACACACAACAGGAAAAUGGUGACUUUCAAGUUUGAUCUCGAUGGCGAUAACCCAGAGGAAAUUGCACAGAUAAUGGUACAAAGUGAGUUCAUUCUAGAGAGCGAGCGCGAGUACUUCAUUGAGCAGAUCCGAGAGGUCAUAGAAACAGCUGAUGAGAAAGGUGUGGAGAGAGAGCGCAGCCAGAUGGUCAGUGAUCAUGAGCAGCAUAUGCCCACCACAUCAGCGCCUCUUGAACAAGGUGUGGCGCCUAGUUCAGCCGCCCAGGUGGUGCACUCUGCAGGCCGCAGGUUCAUCGUCAGUCCAGUGCCUGAAUCCAGACUGAAGGAUCAGUUCUUUAGCGCGCCCCCUCCCACAAUCCCUCUUCGUGAAGAGCCUUCAACCUCUGUGUCAGCUGCAGUUCCUGCCUUGGGGCUUUCUAUGUCUGCGUCUGCAGUCAGUCUACAGCAGGCGUUCUCUGAGAUGCGUCAAGGCCGGUUUGACCCGGGUCCCAGCACUGCACCACCAAUGCUCCAUGUCUCCAUGCCCCCUCUGGUGCCUGCCGCAACACCCUUGCCCUCUAGCACCGCCCCUAUUGUCCCUCCCCCAGUGUCUUCUGAAGUGACCGCUUCACCAUCUCUACCCUCAGUCUCCUUAAACCCUCCAGGGUCAUCGUCUCCUCCUCCUACCCUUCCUGCCUCUGCCGUUAUCUCUCCUCCAGCCCAUUCACAACUCCCUCUGCCUCAAAGUCAGGUUGUACCUGCCAUCAUCAGUGUUAUUUCCACCCCUUCCUCACUGCCAAUGCCAGCUGUGCCUGCCGCCACAUCCUUCCCCCAGACCCCAGUCCCCAUGCCUGUACCUGCCAGUACAGCCACCCCACUCGUUCACCCUGCAGCUCCAAUGGGAUCUGGCAGUGGUGAACAGCCACCCAUCCCCUGCGCUUCAGCUCAGCUCACACCAGCCGCCAUCCCCACCACAGCCAUCCAGACGCCACAGCUUGCACCAUCCACCAUCCCCGACACGGUUAUUCCCGUCUCGGCAGCUCAGUCACAAGUGCCCGCCCUUCAGCCGGUUACCACCAACAUACCAGUAGUACAGCCCACGCCCGUGCACAGUCAACCUCAGACCUCCACCGUGGCCAAUCAAAGUCAUGCACAUUGUGUGGAAUGUGACAGCGACCCGCAGGGAAAGGGUGUCGAUGACAUCCAGGCUCUGGAUAAGAAGCUGCGGUCGCUCUUCAUGGACCUUGGCUCUGGUCCGCCCUCUGCCCAGUCUGAUAUCACAUCUGACCCCAUGGCGGCCGCAAGUGUCCCUGGCACCUCCUCUCCAACUGCCUGUGCCACCCCUAGCGGCACCCCUCUCCCACCCUCUAGUUUACCCCUCAACUCCUCCGGUCAGCCCACGGGCUCUCCAAUGACCUCCAUGGGCAAUGGCUCCACCCCGGUUGGCUACAGUCAGACGACUCCAUCCAAAGCGCCGUUAUCAAGACUACCGGUGUUGCCUGUCGGCCCAGAUCAGGCUGGCACGCCGCCCACAGAGCACCUACCACCCUUCCCAGGACCUUGUUUAACUCAGUCCCAGCAGCCCCUGGAGGAUCUAGAUGCCCAGCUGAGACGGGCACUGAGUCCAGAGACCGUUCCAAUCAGCAAUGUCACGCACCAGUCAUCUCUUACUGGGAUGCCACCUGGAGGACAGCCAGUUCCGUUUUCUCUGGAAGAUGAGCAGUCAGCUGCACCUACAGUUGGAGCAUACAAACUGGGACGAUUCCAGGUGUCAGUGGCUCCUGAUGAGAACACCUCGCAGGCUCCCACAGGCUCCCAUGACUCAUCCUCCACAUCUUCUUCCUCCACCACCACCUCCUCUUCAUCAUCCUCCUCCAGUCUCUCUAGCCCUGAAAACACACUGCACCGAACCUCCUCUCCCCUCAGAGACGCGAGAGCAGAUGUCGUCGAUGGCCUCCCUGCUCUUCCCAACCAGAUGGAAACCCACCCUCAGCCCACCACCAUUGGCCGUUUCCAGGUUACCACCAAAACAGACACAAAGGUGGGGCGUUUCUCAGUGAGCAAAGCACAGGAUGAGGCUGCAGCAGCUAGCUUACAACCCCCAGAACCCCAGCCAGCACCUCAAGCCCAUCCAGCCGUGGGCAACGGUCCAGCCCAGAGUCCCGGGAGCCUCAACAACUCUGUCAGCUCCUACUUCAGCAGCGACAAUGACUCGGAGUUUGAAGAUGAGGACUUUAAGAGAGAAGUCAACAAGCUGAGGGAGAAGCACAUGAUAGAGAGUCAGGCCCUGUACACUCGGCAGAAGGCUGAGAUUGACGCCCUUUUUGCCCGAUUGGGCAAAGUCCCACCCGCCAUGGUCAACCCACCUGUGGUGAACCCAGCUGGCCGUAGACGACGUCCCACUAAGAGCAAAAGCAGCAAAUCCAGCCGCGGUAGCUCCCAGGGCAGCAAGAGUCCUGUACAGCCAGCAACCAGCACUUUAUCAGCGCAGAGUGCUCCCUCCGUGUACCCGCCCCAGCAGGCCUUCCUGGCCCCUGGGGGGAUGAUAGAUGGGGGGAGUAGCCCUCUGCUCCAAUCCUUCAAGCCCUCCCCCUCUAAUGAGAACCUGUGCUCCGCUUACACCAGUGACGCCACGCUCUCUGCCCCCAGUCUGUGUGUCACCUCGCAAGGCUGUGUAAAGUUCAGCUGUGGGUCGGAGAGAGUGACCUUCAAACCAGGUGGCAGGAGGACGCGUUUUCUGAGUACGCCCUGCUUGGCUCUUUGGAAGAUGGUGAAAAAAGUGUGCCCCUGCAACCAACUCUGUAGGACGAGCAGCACCAACACGGUGGUGGGAACUGGUCAGAAUCAAAACCAACCGCCAGUCUCUCAGUCCCAGAGCUGCAAGGGCAUGUUCACAGACGAGCUGCACAAAUUGGUGGACAACUGGGCCAGGGAUGCUAUGAACCUGUCACAGGGCAAGAGAGGCUCCAAGCACCAACAACAAGUGGCUCCUCAGGGCCACAGCUACGACAUGGUCCCUCCUACCAACAUGGGCCGUAAGUACUCGGCUCCAGGCCAGCUGUGCCCAAGCAUCCCUUCAACUUUGAGUGGCCACCCACCCAUGCCCAACACUCCCGCUACCUCUUUGGGGGCCCGGAAGGGCUCCUUGUGUCCCACGCCACAGUACGGCUUCCCCUCCGCACCUUACAGCACCCAGUGGGCUGGCUCGGCCGCGCACACCCAGGCUGGUCUGCUGGCCACCUCACAACCCCUGGGCCAAUAUCCCCAAGUGCCCACCCCUUUACAGACCUUCCACAUCAGCACUUUGCAAAAGUCAGUGAGCCACCCGGGUGGACCCAACCUGAAGACAACGUAGGGCAGGGCCUAGCCGCGCCAGGCCUAAAUAACUCUCGAGUUGGGGGUGGGGGCAGUCAGAGGCAAGGGGAUGGACUGAAAGUGGACUUAAGCAUGUAUUUGAUUGCAUUGCAGAGAUUCUGUCACUAGAGUUUCCUUUGGGUGAUCGAGAAGGAUAGACGCCAGAAUCGUCCUGCAUGCUCACAGAUACGCCACAGGGAUGAUGCACAAUGACGCAAGGGAUAAGAGAAGAUGAAAAUAAAACAAUGGACACUUUGAGUACAAUGUUACGUGGCCAAAGAAGGUGUGACCAUUUUUAUUGUUAAGGUGUGUGCAUCCUUCAUCACCCAGCCCCAAACAUUUAAGGGGCUUGACUUGUGUUUAGAGGUUUGCUGACCUAAGAUGGAACGAAUGCCACCUCCACCCGUCCCAGAAUCCAUCCAUCUGUAUAUCCUCUUGAUAGAUUCAUCAAGCAUAUCACCAAUCAGAGGUCGGGUGGGUGAUGGUGAGCGGCAAAGAGACAAACCUAGUGUCCUUGUUUCCCCUCUUGCCCUAAACCCUCUGCUGCAAUGCCAUGGAAUAAUGCAAUAAUUACAAUGGUAGAAAAAGCCCAUUUUAAAACACAGGAAGUGGCCUUCAUUAGAUAAAUCAAAAAAAGAUCCAUGUACAGAUUUCCUUUGUUUUUAAAUUGGGUUAUGAGGGUUUUGAUUCCAUUUGGUUGGUUGGUUGGUUGGUUGGUUGGUUGGUUGGUUGGUUGGUUGGUUUUUCCCCCUAUGCCCUUCAAGCCGGCCUUGUGUAGCAGAAUGUUAGGGACAUUUUUUUGUUUUGUCACAUGUUCAGAGGCCUUUCAUCUGCCCCUAAGGUUUGUACUACCAAGCUCCUACAGCUCCCAGCAUGCUUUGCAGCACAUUCACACGCUUACAGUCCUUUUCCGGUUCUCUCAUUGGGCCACACCACAAGGUGACGUGUAAUAUAGUGGAUACAAUCGGUAGGAUUGGGGUUUGGAUACGAAACUUGGGGUCGCAGGACUGUGUCGUCACACACGUACUGCCUUGGAGGCCCGUGAAGCUUUAAAUCUAUGACUAAUGUAACAGCUUUUCUAAUCAUGGCAGCAUUAGGGGCCUCUUACGAUAGUUUGAUCGAGACAUUCAAAUAAGAAUUCGUGUUCUGUAUGGACCUGUAUUUACUCAUCAGUUUUUGAUGUUGAAACACUGUGAUUAUUAUAAAUGUUGUUGGACAACAUUAGCUAAAAAGAAAAGUAGACAAAAAAAAAAAAAACAUGAAAUUUUUGAGGGUUUUGGAUAUUAGCGUUCAUGAGAUGUAAGGCUAGCUAUUUCAUUAUUCACAUCUUAUUGGAGACACUUUAACCCUUUUCCCCUUUCUACUUUCUUUAUAUUAUUAGAUAAAUGUGAAUGUAAAAUGGAUUCAAUUAAUGUACUUGAAGAAACAAAUCUUUCCUUCUUUCCCUAUGCCCAAUGAGCUUUCUGAAGAUUCUAGUGCCUUGCAUUAUUCUUUUUUUUUUUUUUUUGCUUUUUGCUUCACGGUUUGAUAUAUAAGGCAGUGGAGAGUCUCAAGCGUGCUCUUGGUUUGGAGUGCUGGUCUUUUUGACUUAACAGAGGGUGAAUAUUAAUAUAUUGCGGGAUCGAGGUGUCGUUUUGGGUGCCGUUUUGAACUGGCUACGACUGAAACCAUUUGAUGGCACAGUCCUAGCCUUUAGGCAGAGUUGCAAAAAGCUUCAUAUAUAAGGUGCACAAACACAUGAUCCAGCCAUUAUAUCACAUUCAAAGGCUGUGAAAGUACUUGAGGGUUGAGUUUUAGAUACUUUGAUCGGUCUAGCUUAGUAUGCAAGCGCAAGUGUGCCUAUCAUCAGUGCACCCUUCCAUUUAAACACUGCUUUCGACAACCACAGUGUAUUUGUUUUCCAGAUGGAUUCUUAAACGGCAUGAGCGGUUCUUGUGAAGGUGAGGGUUCGGCUCAGAUAGAAACUCAGGAUGAGGAAAGUUAGUACGCAUGGGACAGUAUGUUGUAAGUAUUUCAGAACCUCCAAUAGCUUAGAUGUUUUUGAAGCACUGCUUAAUUGGUUUUGACACCAUCCAGUGUCAAACCCUCUCCGGUGUGUGUAGAGAGGCAUGUUUUAUUAAGGUGAUGAUACACGGGGCAACUUUUUGAGCAAUGUUGCCGGGCAAUGUCGCCGAGAUGAUGAUGCUUGGGCACUCUUCCAUUAAGAAUGGGAAAAAAAUGUUGAUCUAAUGUAUCCAGAUAGAAAUUUGUUGCCCAUUUUCAAUGGGAAAGAGCCCAAGCGUCAUCGCUCGGCGACAUAGCUCAAAAAGUUGCCCCGUGUAUCAACACCUUUACUCAUUUAGCAACAGAUGUGACAGCAAGUGUAACUUCACAAGCGAGAAAAGGACCAGAAAGGUUAAAAAAAGACAGCAACCCUGACCAACACAAGAGCGCAACGCUCUGCCAAAACAGCACUGUUGAAGAGUAGCCUAUUUCUCGCUGAUUUCUCAUCAAUCCUCUACUUUUAACUCGCACUGCCCAUAUAAGUUCUCGCUGUACUGGCAACGGCCUUCAGUUUUAUGGCAGAUCAGUAGCUUCUUUAGGGGAUCUCUCUUCCUCUUUGUAGCAGUCGGUCAAAUCACUCUUGUAAAUGCUUUGGUUUGUUCUAAAUACUAUCAACUGCGUUAGACCUGCGACGUCAGACUACUUUUUAGCAUCACGUUUAGCACAUUCGACUGUGCAGAUGAAAAGAGAACAGAUGUACAAUGUACAGAUCCUUAGAGCAUUUUAUUUGGGGUACAAAAAAUAGCAGAGAUGCUCUCGUCACCUUAACUACUGAAAGGACUUAGAUUACAACUGGUUACAUACUGCGUAGUGUGCUUUGUGUGAAACGUGUGGCACUUCACUUUAGGUCAACUGUACAGUAUAGAUUCUCAACUGGCUCACUAUAUUUAAAAUGCAGUCGUGUUACCUUUUGCUUUGUACACAACGCUUUACCUGUAGACAGCUCGUUUUUACCCACUUUACGUCGUUCGGUUCGUUCAAACUGUGAACACAUCAAAAGGUCUUUAACAAAGAGGUUCAACCUGCCCAGUGUUCAGACUAAUGAAAUCUGUGUAAUACUACUUUCUGAGUGCCAUGUCCCUGUUCCAGAUACAACACAAGUGUUAAUUUGCUCUCGCUGUAAGAAACAGGUCAUCCUGUUUGACUGUAGAGGGCGCUAAUGUAACUGCAGUGCAGGACAUUUAAAUGAGAUUCACCUCUGACCUUUGAUGUUAAUGAUAACAGCACCUUGAAAAAUACAAAAACCUCUUUUUUCUUUAUCCUUCACUUUACUUUGAAAAAAUGGCGUUUGUAGCAUGCUGAUGUUCGAACGAGCCAUUCAGUAUCGAUACACAUUGUGAUUUAUAUUUUUUUUUUUUGCAUGAUACUUCAGUUACACAGAAAAAAAUGCACACAAACUUACUCAAAAAGUAUCUUAUUGAAUGAAACCCUCUUUCUAGUCACUCUCCUGUGGAAAGAAAUACAACAGAACAAUGUUUACUUAAUGCUACUGACCUGUCAUUAAGUUAUUUAGUUUUUUUUUUUUUUUUUUUACUACUAUCUGAUCCGCUUGUUUUGCUGUCUUUUGAGUCUCUAGAUUUUCUUCUGGCGACUUUAAUUCAGUGUUUUUUUUUUUUUUUUCCUCCGUAUGAUAUUUAACAUUGUACAAAAUGUUAAAAGAAUUCCUUAAAAUGAAAACCAAACAAAAACAAGUAGGGAAUCAUCUGCAAUGUUUAACUGUCUGUUUUGCACUAAGUAUAGGAUGUUCAAGCUUCAUAUAAAACUGCGCUUUGCGCUCCAAUAAAACAGCGUUUGUUACCUUAUUUGUAAACUUAAUAAAAGUCAUUUAAAUAAA